UUUUCUUAUGCUCAGUGGAAGUUCCGAUGACCCAUCGAUACCAAACAAAUGAAGGACACAUGCGACUAAUUAAUUAAAUGUCAUUGGUUUAUGGUCACGGUAAUUGAAAUAUGGCAGACUUUGAUCUUACUCCACGUAGAGCAAAUGGAAGAAGUAAAGGGAAGGGUACUGAUGACCCCAUCAGAUUCCUCCCUGUUUUACCUUCAAAAAGAACUAAGCCAGCAUGGCAUCAAGUUCAGCCAAAUUUUGAACUAUCAGGAAAAAUUCUCGGAGAGGAUAAAAAUGGAAUAGAUCUUGUUGGAGAACUCACUGCAAGAGAACCAAAACGUAGAAAGCCCAAUCAGUUAAAACCAAUUGAGAAACAGAAUGGCACAGAUGCAGACAUUACCCAGUUUCAGCAACCAAAGAAAGACCGAGAAAAUUUUAGAAAGGCUUUGGUUGACAUCAUCAUGCAAGAGGAUGGGAUUCAGCCACACAGUGCACCAGGUUCCGUUAAUAAUGGAGAGUUACCUCCCUUGUCCAGAACAGGGUCACCCACAGCGGCUGAUAAAGAUAUUCUCAGAUACUACUACUACAUUCACAAUGGAAUUGACACAGAGCAUGUUGCUCCUAUGGAGGACUCUUGGCUUGAAAAUGUCCUCGGUCUUGUUUCAGAGGAUUUAAAGAGAGGGCACUCUGAUACCAUUGAAAACUUGUCAGACGAGAUGAGAGAGGACUACCUUUUAAGUGUAAAGAAAGCAAUUGUUGAUUUUGUCCUCAAGGAUCAGAGAGAAAAAGAAAAAGAUGUGGAGGAAAAACGCCCUCCCCACAGGGAAGAAAUGGAUGUGGUGCCCAAACCGUGGCACAAGGACUAUGUGGCUGGCCUGGAAGCCAUGUCCCAGAAACUUCACAUCACCACCCCAUGCAUGUUACAGGUGUUAGAUUUCUGGCAUACCAAGUUUGGGGGGUUGCGUUUUAUUGACAUCAAUGAAUUUCAUAACAGAGUAGAUUCCAUGGAAUUGGGAACCUUCCAAAAUCUCUGCAUGCGGCAUAUUGAGAAUGCCAAGGACCAAUUAAUGAAAAAAUGGUUCCCAGAAGUCCAGGUGAUGUUUUAUGAAGGAAACAAAAGAAAACAGGUGCCUAGUAAUCAGGAUCCAGAGAAACUAGAGUCCUUCUUUAACUGCGCGGCUACGCUGAUGACAGACAAUCUUCAGCAGCUAACCCUGAAUUCACUGGACGAUUACACAGAUCUCUUGUGCCAACCUCCUACAUCUACUCGUGCUUAUGAGCACCCAGGAUUUGUACUGCGUCUCAUUUUGGAUGGAACCUCCAUUAAAUUUGAGCCAACCUUCAAGGAGUUUGAGGUCAUCAUCUUGAAUGUGUAUGAUGUCAUGAUUAAAGCCUCCCAGCAAGUUCCCAGAGUGGAAACAAAACUGUAUCUGGACUGGAGUGGAAACAAAGCCAAGUCCAACUUGCAGCCAGUUGUGCUGAAAGAAAUUCUAGAGGCUCACAAACAGAAAGUGAAGGAACUGAUAAAGAAAGAAAGCGUUGGGCCAGUGGAGCACUGUAAAAUCUAUGAUAAAUACAACUUCCUCAUCUCAAAACAGGCCGAUGCUGAUGUUGACGUAUUCCUGGGAGAGACCCACUCUUUUGAUGAAUACGCAAAGGAGAUCACCAAGUACAAGAAACUGGUGGACGAAGUCACCUACAACUUAGACAAGCGAGGAACAUCGGUCAUGAGACUUGGGAUGUUUGAAGUCCACUGCGAUGAUCUUAUUCGAUCAUUAGCCAAACGGUCAGAGGCCCUCUGUCAAAAAUUACUGGGCAAAAUGUCCGAAGAUCACAAAGAGGCAAACAAAAAGUUGUGUGAUGAUUAUGAACAAAUAGCAGAAAAAGCCUUGACCACUCCUAGCAACACUGAACAUCUGAUGGAGCUGAAAGCAUACAUUGAAAAGGUGGAAUCAGACAUUAUUUUCACCAUGGAGAAAAGACUCAUGGAGUCAAAGGACAGGUUGACUUUCCUGUCCGAUUUUGCCCAGUUUUCUCCAGCAGAAAUGAGACUGAAUGCAAGUGUUUUCAAAUGGCACGGAAGAAUGCCCACAAUAUUCGAGGAACACAAAAUGAUUGUAGCGGACAGGAGGACACAAUAUGAAGAGGCUCUGAAGGUGAGGAGAGAGAGAUUCAUUGAAGAGUUGGAGAGCUACCAGAAACAAGUGGAUGAAUUCGCCACAUACGGUGAUAUGAAUGACAUCCAGAAAUAUCUCAAGAAAUCACAGAAUCUGGAAAACAAACUCAAUGCUGCCGCAGAGAAGAUUGAGGCCUUCAACAAUGAAGAGGAGGCCUUUGGCUGGCAGACGACAGCUUAUCCACAGAGACAGACCAUACAGAACACACUGAAACCAUACCUCAGUCUCUACGAACUCACUGUGGAAUUCAACAACAAAUACAAUGACUGGAUGCAUGGUCCCAUGGGAGGCGUCAAUCCAGACGAAGUAGAAAAUGAAGUUGGAAAUUUCUGGAGAAAUCUGUACAAGCUAGAAAAGCAGUUUGACUCGGUACCAGCUGCCAAGAAGAUUGCCUCCAAGGUUAAAGCAAAAGUGGAGGAGUUCAGAGAAUACAUGCCCCUGGUACAGACCUUGUUCAACCCCGGUCUCAGGGACCGCCAUUGGGAACAGAUCUCUGAGGUGGUCAAAUAUCCCCUCAAACCAGACGACACCUACACUCUGGACAAGAUGCUGGAGUUUGACCUCAUGAAGUACGUUCCUCAGUUUGAGAGCAUCAGUGAAGCCGCCAGCAAAGAGUACUCACUGGAGAAGGCCAUGGAAAAGAUGAAGACAGAAUGGGCUCCUAUUGAGUUUGUCAUGAUCCCGUACAGAGACACCGGCACCAGUAUCCUGUCUUCCGUGGAUGAUAUCCAGUUGCUUCUGGAUGAUCACAUCGUCAAGACUCAGACCAUGAGAGGAUCUCCAUUCAUCAAGCCAUUCGAGGAAGAAAUCAAAGAAUGGGAAUCCAAGCUAAUGCUUCUCCAGGACAUUCUGGAUGAAUGGUUGAAAGUCCAGGCCACCUGGCUAUACCUGGAGCCCAUCUUCAGCUCCCCCGACAUCAUGGCUCAGAUGCCAGAGGAGGGGCGCAGGUUCACCACAGUGGACAAAAACUGGAAGGAUAUCAUGAAGCAGGCUCUACAAGACAAGAAAGUCCUCAGUGUCAUCGCUAUUGAUAAGAUGCUGGAAAAACUCAAGAAAUCCAAUGAGCUUUUGGAGCUCAUCCAGAAGGGUUUAAAUGACUACUUGGAGAAGAAGAGAUUGUACUUCCCAAGGUUCUUCUUCUUGUCUAAUGAUGAAUUGUUGGAAAUCUUGUCUGAGACUAAAGACCCCAAGAGAGUACAGCCUCACUUGAAAAAAUGCUUUGAAGGCAUAGCCAAGCUGGAAUUCACAGACACACUUGACAUCACUCACAUGAAGAGCAGUGAAGGGGAGGUCGUAGAACUGAGAGAUGUCAUUUCUACCUCAAAAGCCAGAGGGCAGGUAGAAAAAUGGCUGCUGGAAUUGGAAAGCGACAUGCUUUCAUCCCUGUGCAAAGUCAUUGGAGAGUCCCUGGAAGCAUACAUGAAAGAGGAAAGAAGGGAAUGGGUCAAGAAAUGGCCAGGACAAGCCGUACUGUGUGUGACCGCCAAGUACUGGACUGAUUUUAUUGAGGAUGCUUUCAGGAAAGGAGGCACUGCCCUGAAAGAUUAUUUGGAUCUGAACAAUAAGCAGAUUGAUGAGAUUGUAGCUAUGGUCCGUGGAACACUGUCUAAACAGAACCGUGUGACCCUGCAGGCUCUGAUUGUGUUGGACGUCCAUGCCAGGGAUGUGUUGGCAAAACUGGUAGAAAAUGAAAUUCAGUCAGAUCUGGACUUCCAGUGGCUGAGUCAACUCCGAUACUACUGGGAGGAUUCCAAAAUGGUGACUCGUAUGAUCAACUCCAUGUUGAAAUAUGGAUAUGAAUACCUUGGAAACACAGGACGUCUUGUCAUUACUCCACUGACAGACAGAUGUUACAGAACUCUAUUUGGGGCUUUACAUUUACACUUGGGUGGUGCACCAGAGGGCCCUGCUGGUACAGGAAAAACAGAAACCACCAAGGAUCUGGCCAAAGCUGUGGCCAAACAGUGUGUGGUGUUCAACUGCUCCGAUGGUUUGGAUUACCUUGCUUUGGGAAAAUUCUUCAAGGGUUUGGCCUCCUGUGGAGCCUGGUCUUGUUUUGAUGAGUUUAACAGAAUUGAUCUGGAAGUGUUGUCUGUGGUAGCUCAGCAGAUUCUGACUAUUCAAAGAGGUAUUAACUCUGGUGCGGACACACUGCUGUUUGAAGGAACAGAAAUCAGACUGGACCCCACUUGCUCCGUGUUUAUCACAAUGAACCCAGGUUAUGCUGGGCGUUCAGAAUUGCCAGACAACCUCAAGGCCCUGUUCAGAACUGUGGCUAUGAUGGUACCGGAUUACGCCCUCAUUGCUGAGAUUUCCCUCUACUCCUGCGGUUUUGUACAAGCCCGUCCACUGUCCGUCAAGAUCGUGGCUGUCUACAGACUGUGUUCCGAGCAGCUGUCUUCUCAGCACCAUUACGAUUACGGAAUGAGAGCCGUCAAAUCUGUGCUGACUGCUGCAGGAAAUCUCAAGCUAAAAUACCCCGAAGAAGACGAGAACAUUCUGAUGUUGCGUUCCAUUAUUGACGUCAAUUUGCCCAAGUUCUUGAAUCAUGACUUACCGCUGUUCCACGGCAUCACAUCUGAUCUGUUCCCCGGAGUUAAGCUCCCUGAACCUGACUACAAGAUCCUGAAUGAAAAUGUCAUAGAGAACUGUAAGAAGAUGAACCUUCAAUGUACAAAUUUCUUCUUGGAGAAGAUUCAACAGAUCUAUGAAAUGAUGAUUGUGAGACACGGUUUUAUGAUAGUUGGAGAACCAUAUGGUGGUAAAACUAGCGCCUAUAAAGUUCUAGCAGCUGCUCUUGGAGAUAUACAUGAGAAGGGAUUAAUGGAAGAAAACAAAGUCCAGAUUACAGUCAUCAACCCCAAGGCCAUCACCAUGGGUCAGUUGUAUGGUCAGUUUGACCCAGUUUCCCAUGAGUGGUCAGAUGGUGUCCUCGCUGUCUCCUACAGAGCUUUUGCCACCUCAACUACUCCCGACAGGAAAUGGUUGAUUUUUGAUGGCCCUGUGGAUGCUAUCUGGAUUGAGAACAUGAACACUGUCCUGGAUGACAACAAGAAACUGUGCCUGAUGAGCGGUGAAAUCAUCCAGCUGGCCAACACAACCAAUCUCAUGUUUGAACCCAUGGAUCUGGAAGUUGCCUCCCCUGCCACAGUGAGUCUCAAGAUGUGGUAUGAUUUACAUGGAACCAUCCUCUUUGGGUUGGCGGCCUGUGGUCAAAUCCUGGCUGAAUGACAUGCCUGCUGCAGUCACAGAUGCACAGGUCAACCAUAUGACAUGUUUGAACGAUUCUGUGACCCCUGCAUUAGCCUCAUCAGAAAAGGCGGAGUCAAGGAAUUGUCUCCUACUUCUGACACAGCUCUUGUGAAGAGCUUGAUGAACCUUAUGGAUUCUCUCAUGGAUGAAUUCAAGGAUGAAGCCAAGAUUUCUCAGAUGGAAGAGAGAGAAAUUAUGUCAUGGCUAGAGUGCAUCUUCUUCUUUGCCUGUACCUGGUCCAUAGGAGCCUCCAUCAAUGAUGCGGGCAGAGUACACUUUGACAAGCUACUCAGGGAACUUAUCUCGGGUGGAAUGACGGAGGAGACGAGAAUCAAGCUGAGUUUGACAGAACUCGUGGAGCCCCCAGAGAAACCUUACCUGAACCCAUUCCCUCCCAAAGGUCGUUGCUAUGACUACAAAUUUGUGAAAGAGGGAGCUGGAAGAUGGGUGCAAUGGGCUGAAGAAAUCAAAGACUCCCCUCCCAUUCCUGCGGAGGCAGAAUUCAAUGAAAUCAUUGUACCCACAGUAGACACUGUGAGAUACACGGCUCUGAUGAACAUGCUGGUUCAGCACCAGAAACCAGUCUUGUUUGUGGGACCCACUGGUACCGGAAAGAGCGUCUACAUCUGCGAUUUCCUGUUGAACAAACUAGACAAAGAGGUAUUCAAACCCAACAUCAUCAACUUCUCGGCCCAGACCACUGCACAACAGACGCAGAACAUCAUCAUGUCUAAACUGGACAAGAGGAGGAAGGGAGUGUUCGGUCCACCCCUGGGCAAGAAAGCUAUUGUAUUUGUGGACGACUUGAACAUGCCCAUGUUGGAGCAGUUCGGAGCCCAGCCUCCCAUUGAGUUACUGAGGCAGUGGUUGGACCACUGGAACUGGUACGACCUGAAGGAGACCACGCCCAUGAAGUUGAUUGACAUCCAGGUCAUGGCAGCCAUGGGACCGCCCGGUGGUGGCAGAAACCCCGUCACCCCACGUUUCCUCAGACACUUCAACACCAUCACCAUUAAUGAGUUUGAUGAUGAUUCCAUGAUUACCAUCUUCAGAAAAAUCAUGGACUGGCAUAUCUCUUCAAGAGGGUUCAGUAACGAGUUCAAACCCUGUGUAGACCAGCUGGUCCAGGGCACCCUCACCACCUACAAAGAGGCCAUGAAGAAUCUCCUCCCCACCCCUGCCAAGUCUCACUACCUCUUCAACCUGAGAGACUUCAGCAGGGUCAUCAACGGCGUUCUACUGUCCACCCCUGAGACCAUGGAGGAGCCUGCGUCCAUGAAGAGGCUCUGGGUUCAUGAGGUUUUCCGUGUUUUCUAUGAUCGUUUGGUGGACGAUUCUGACAGGAACUGGCUGUUUAAUUACGUGCGUGAAGUCAGUAAGACAUGCCUGAGAGAGGACUUUGAUCAAUUAUUUAUUCACUUGGAUUUUGACAAUGACGGCAAGGUCACAGAGGAUGACCUGCGUAGUUUAGUGUAUUGUGACUUUGCUGAUCCUAAAUCGGAUGCUAAGCAUUAUGUGGAGGUCAGAGAUUUGGAACAACUGAGAGUCACCGUAGAGGGUUAUCUAGAGGAAUUCAAUAACAUGAGUAAAAAACCUAUGAACCUUGUACUUUUUAGAUUUGCCAUUGAGCAUGUUUCCAGAAUUGCUCGUGUAAUAAAACAGAAGAGAAGCCACGCCCUCCUGGUGGGAGUGGGCGGUUCUGGCCGUCAAUCACUCACACGAUUGGCAGCUCAUAUGGCUGACUAUGAUCUAUUCCAAGUUGAAAUCUCUAAAAGUUACACCUCUAAUGAAUGGAGGGAGGAUCUAAAGAGAAUUCUUAGGAAAUCCACUGAAACUGACAACCAUGGUGUCUUCUUAUUCUCUGAUACACAGAUAAAACAAGAAUCCUUCCUUGAAGAUAUUAACAAUUUGCUAAAUGCUGGUGAAGUGCCUAAUUUAUUCCCUCUUGAUGAGAAACAAGAAAUUUGUGAGAAAAUGAGACAACUGGACAGACAAAGAGAUAAAACUAAACAAACAGAUGGAACCCCUGUGGCCUUAUUUAACUUCUUUAUUCAGCGAGUCCGUGAUCAGCUACACAUUGUAUUGGCCAUGAGUCCUAUUGGAGAUGCCUUCCGUAACAGACUGCGUAAAUUUCCCUCACUCGUUAAUUGCUGUACUAUAGAUUGGUUCCAGUCUUGGCCAGAGGAUGCUUUGGAAGCUGUGGCCAACCGUUUCCUGGAGGACGUAGAGCUGGAUGAUGAUGAGAGACAGGGCUGUACAGAUAUCUGUAAGACCUUCCACACCACCACCAGGGAGCUGUCCCAGAGGUUCUUCCUGGAGUUGGAGCGCCACAACUAUGUCACCCCCACCUCCUACCUGGAGCUGAUCAGCACCUUCAAAACUCUCCUCAGCAAGAAAAGAGAUGAGGUGAUGAAGCAGAAGAAGAGGUAUGAGAAAGGUCUGGAGAAGCUGGACUCGGCCGCCUCCCAGGUGUCUGUCAUGCAGAAGGAGUUGACUGACCUACAGCCCCAGCUCAGAGAGGCCAGUAAGGAGGUCGACGAAAUAAUGGUGGUCAUCGAAAAGGACUCUGUAGAAGUAGCUAAAGUAGAAAAGGUUGUGAAAGCUGAUGAGGCAGUUGCCAAUGAAACAGCCAAGGCAGCUAAAGCCAUCAAAGAUGAAUGUGACUCUGAUUUGGCAGAAGCUAUUCCUGCCCUGAACUCGGCCUUGGCUGCCUUAGAUACCUUGACCCCACAGGAUAUCACCAUUGUCAAGACCAUGAAACAGCCCCCAUACAUGAUUAAAUUAGUGCUUGAGGCUGUGUGUGUCAUCAAGGGAAUCAAACCGGAACGUGUUCCGGAUCCAUCCGGAUCUGGGAAGAAGAUUGAGGACUACUGGGGCCCUGCCAAGAAAAUGUUGGGUGACAUGAAGUUUUUGGAAUCUUUGCAUAACUUUGACAAGGAUAACAUCCCACCAGCCAACAUGAAGCAAAUUCGAGCCAAGUACAUCACCAAUCCAGAUUUUGAACCAGAGAAAGUGAAAGUAGCCUCCACAGCUUGUGAAGGAUUGUGUAAAUGGAUUAAAGCUAUGGAUGUCUAUGACAGAGUGGCCAAGAUUGUGGCCCCAAAGAAAGAGCAACUGAAGAAAGCCGAGGCAGAACUGGCAGUAGCCAUGUCUCACUUGGAGAAGAAGCGAGCUUCCCUGCGUGAGGUUCAGGACAAACUGGCCAAGCUGCAGGAGACACUGGAGAACAACAAGAAGAAGAAGGCCGACCUGGAGACCCAGGUAGACCUGUGUACCAAGAAACUGGAGCGAGCCGAGCAGCUGAUCAGUGGACUGGGGGGUGAGAGGGACAGGUGGAGUCAGAACGCUAGGUCCCUGGGGAUCAAGUAUAAUAACUUGACCGGGGACAUCCUGAUCUCCUCGGGAACUGUGGCUUAUCUUGGUGCCUUCACCUCAGCCUUCAGACAGGAUCAAGUGGAAUCCUGGAUAAACAUGGUAAAAAAGCAAGGAAUCCUGUGUUCUGAUGACUUUUCCCUGAUCAAUACUCUGGGAGAACCUGUUAAAAUGCGGGCUUGGAAUAUCUCAGGUCUUCCAACAGACAGCUUCUCCCUGGAAAAUGGUAUCAUUUUGGCCAAUGCCAGGCGAUGGCCACUGAUGAUUGACCCCCAGGGUCAGGCCAACAAAUGGAUCAAGAACAUGGAGAAAGCCAACAACAUCCACGUCAUCAAACUCAGUGACUCAGAUUUUGUCAGAACACUGGAGAACUGCAUCCAGUUUGGAACUCCUGUUCUUCUUGAAAACAUUGGUGAGGAAAUGGACCCCCUGUUGGAACCUCUCCUCCUGAAACAGAUCUUCAAACAAGCAGGUGCCAUGUGCAUCCGACUUGGUGACAGUACCAUUGAGUACUCCCAGGACUUCAAAUUCUACAUCACCACGAAACUGAGGAACCCCCACUAUCUACCAGAAACCGCCGUAAAGGUGACCCUCCUAAACUUCAUGAUCACCCCCGAGGGUCUCCAGGAUCAGUUACUGGGUAUUGUGGUCGCCAGGGAGAGGCCAGAGCUGGAGGAAGAGAAGAAUGCCCUCAUUAUACAGAGUGCUGACAACAAGAGGCAGCUCAAGGAAAUUGAGGACAAGAUCCUUGAAGUAUUGUCCUCCUCUGAGGGGAAUAUCCUUGAGGAUGAGACGGCUAUCAAAGUUCUGUCCUCCUCCAAAGUCCUGGCUAAUGAGAUCUCUGAGAAACAAGCCAUUGCUGAAGAAACCGAGAAGAAGAUUGACACAGCUAGAAUGGGCUAUACCCCAAUCGCUAUACAUUCCACCAUUCUCUUCUUCUCUAUUGCUGAUCUGGCUAAUAUUGAGCCUAUGUACCAGUACUCACUGGCUUGGUUCAUCAACCUAUUUAUAAUGUCCAUUGACAAUGCUGAAAAGUCUGACGAUCUGGACACGCGUCUGAAAAAUCUCCACAACCACUUCACCUAUUCCCUGUACUGCAACAUCUGCAGGUCACUGUUUGAGAAAGAUAAGCUGUUAUUCUCCUUCCUGCUGUGCGUCAACAUCCUGAAACAUGACAAACUGAUUAAUGAGGAGGAAUGGAGAUUCCUGCUGACCGGAGGAAUCGGAUUGGAUAACCCACACGCCAAUCCAACAGACUGGCUGCCUUCCAAGUCCUGGGAUGAAAUCUGUAGGUUGGAGGAUCUGAGCCACUUCAAAGGAAUGAGAACUAAAUUCAUCUCGCAGAAAGAUGGCUGGAGAGAGGUGUACGAUUCAUUGGACCCGUUCCAUCAGACAAUGCCUGGAGACUGGAGUGACAAGUUACAAACUUUCCAGAAGUUGCUGGUUCUAAGGUGUCUGAGACCUGACAAGAUAACACCAGCAGUACAAGAGUUUGUCACAGAAAAACUGGGCAAGAAAUUCAUUGAGCCCCCACCCUUUGAUUUGCCCAACUCCUUCAACGACAGUAAUCCCACCUCCCCUCUGCUGUUUGUGCUGUCCCCGGGAGCUGAUCCCAUGUCAGCCCUGCUCAAGUUUGCUGAUGAUCAGGGAUUUGGGGGAGCCAAGUUUGACUCUCUGUCUCUGGGUCAAGGUCAGGGUCCUAUCGCCUUGGCAAUGAUUGAAAAGGGUAUCAAAGAGGGCACCUGGGUCAUGUUGCAGAAUUGCCACUUGGCUCCCUCUUGGAUGCCUACCCUGGAAAAGAUUUGUGAGGAGUUCAACCCUGAGCAAAUCCAUCCCGACUUCAGAUUAUGGUUGACCAGCUACCCCUCCAACCAGUUCCCUGUGUCCAUUCUGCAGAAUGGUGUCAAGAUGACCAACGAACCACCAAAGGGUCUCCGAUUUAACAUCCUAAGGUCAUACCUUUCCGAUCCCGUUUCUGACAUGGAUUUCUUUAAUGGAGUCAAACCUCAGAAUGCAAAAGCCUUCAAGAAGCUGCUGUUUGGCUUGUGUUUCUUCCACGGAAUCGUCCAGGAGAGAAGAAAGUUUGGUCCGCUGGGAUGGAACAUUCCGUACGAAUUCAACGAGACGGACUUAAGGAUCAGUGUCAGGCAACUCCAUAUGUUCCUCAACCAGUAUGAUGAAGUUCAGUACGAUGCCCUGCGUUACCUGACGGGCGAGUGUAACUACGGAGGUCGUGUGACGGACGACUGGGACAGGAGGAUGUUACAUAGUACCCUGGACAGGUUCUACUGUAAGGACAUCAUCCAGAAGGAGGACUACUUCUUUGAUGAAUCCAAAGUCUACUUUGCCCCACCAGAUGGCGAGUAUGAGAGCUAUCUUGAGUACAUCAAGAGUCUGCCCCACAACCCCAAGCCUGGAAUCUUUGGUAUGCAUGACAACGCUGACAUUACUAAGGAUCAGGGCGAAACUAAACAGUUAUUUGACAACAUUCUUUUGACUCAGCAAGGCGCGGCGAAAGCUUCAUCAGGAGGUGGAAAAUCCACAGACGAAAUUGUGGAUGAAGUGGCACAGGAUAUCUUGUCCAAGAUUCCAGGAAACUUUGACACGGAUGCUGCUCUACGUAAAUACCCGACGUCUUACAAACAGAGCAUGAACACUGUCUUGGUACAGGAAAUGGUGCGCUUCAACAGACUGCUCAGUAUCGUACGCUCCAGCUUACAGAACAUCAGGAAAGCCAUCAAGGGAUUGGUGGUCAUGUCGGCAGAUCUGGAGGAGGUGGUCCUCAGCAUCUUGAAGGGUAAGAUCCCCGGCAUGUGGAUGAAGCGUUCCUACCCCUCCCUGAAACCACUGGGAAGCUACGUCAACGACUUCAUCGCCCGUCUGAAGUUCCUCCAGGAUUGGUACGAUGAUGGAGCACCCCCACAGUUCUGGAUCUCCGGCUUCUACUUCACACAGGCCUUCUUGACCGGGGCACAGCAGAACUUUGCCAGAAAGUACACCAUUCCUAUUGAUUUGCUGGGCUUUGAUUACGAGAUUCUGGAUGAUGCUGACAAAGACACACCACCUGAAGAUGGAGUGUAUGUAUAUGGAUUGUUUGUGGAUGGAGCCAGAUGGGACAGAGAUGAUAAGAGAUUGGCAGAAUCCAAACCCAAAGUGUUGUUUGAUGCCAUGCCUAAGGUCUGGGUGAAACCUUGUAAGAGGUCAGAUAUUCCAGCCAAGAAAAUCUACGUGUCUCCCGUGUACAAGACGUCCGAGCGUCGUGGUGUGCUGUCCACCACUGGUCACUCCACAAACUUUGUCAUUGCCAUGUCCCUACCCUCCGACAAAUCCCAGGACCACUGGAUCAGGAGGGGCGUGGCUCUACUCUGUCAGCUCGAUGACUAAGUCAUCCCCCCUUAAAAAAUACUUUAAUUGUGCUCUAUGGAUUUUCACCAAACAAAUUUUAUACUAUUUUGGUUUAUUCAACAGUCCUGGAGACUUUCUAGAAGUUAAUUUUUAUAAAGCAUUUGAGAAGAGGUCAUCUAUGUUUUUAAACUGGUUGAAUUUAUUGUGACCAAUAUCAGCUGAAUCAUCUUGGAGUUUGUGUGCUAUCGUUAAUUCACCUGAUCUAUUCUCAUUGGUGUGUAGAACUAAACACUAUAUAUUGUUUUUAUAUCAUUGAAGAAGGUGAAUGAUUUAAGAGGCAUUAUCUAUUGAUAAUUGAUAGAUUGGUGCAUUAUCAAUCUAAGAAGAAAAUUGGGUCAAUGAAAGUGAAAACGAGACUUCCUCCUUAACAAGACUGUGAUAAAAUAUUGAUUGCAUUUUAUUUUUGAUUAUUUAUAUUCAGUUUUUGUUGUUGUUUUUUUUUGUUGAUAUAUAACUGAAAUGUAAUUGUCUUAUUUACAUCUUCACAAAAUCAUGGUGUGAUAUAUUUUGACCUGCUAAUUGGUUUAAUUAAAUGCAUUCACUACAGUGUGUGCAGUCUUUCCACAAUGGAAAAUAAAUCCGUCCAUUUUAUUAUUUUUUUUUUCAGAGAUAUUUAUUUUUCAGAGUAAAAAAAUCAGUAUUUUUGACUUCAUUUAUUCUCACCAGCUAAAUAUUGUUAAAGUUUCUCUCUGUCUCUUCCUUUUUCACCUCCUUCGUGCUAUCGAUUUCUUAAACUUUGUUUAGAUAGAGGAUUUACAAAUCAUCUGUGAUAAAAUUGACAUCUGCUGAUGUGCCUAAUAAACAAGAAAGUAUCUUUUUGUGGCAGUUGAAAAUAAAUACUUGUACAUGUAUAUGUUUACACAAUAAAGAUAUUCUCUGCAA